CAGGUCGGACUCCAGGCAAUAUAUACCGCGCUCUCUGCAAGUCUUUUCACAUCGAGUGGGUUAGGCAGUUUGCGAGUAUGUCAGGUCGUGGCAAAGGAGGCAAGGGCUUGGGGAAAGGUGGCGCUAAGCGCCACAGGAAGGUGCUGCGGGACAAUAUCCAGGGUAUCACCAAGCCGGCCAUCCGCCGCCUGGCUCGGCGCGGCGGCGUGAAGCGCAUCUCUGGCCUCAUCUACGAGGAGACCCGCGGGGUGCUUAAGGUCUUCUUGGAGAACGUGAUCCGCGACGCCGUCACCUACACGGAGCACGCUAAGCGCAAGACCGUCACCGCCAUGGACGUGGUCUACGCGCUCAAGCGGCAAGGCCGCACUCUCUACGGCUUCGGCGUCACUCGGCCAGGACCUUGUGCUGAUGCUCACUCGCCAGCCUCCGGCGCAUACAAGAUAAUCAAGCGCUUUCUUGACUCUCAGCACGGCCUGGAUGUUGGGCAGGACGCCGCCCUGCGCGAUCGUCACUUUGCCCAGCAGCUUGUUGAGCUCCUCGUCGUUGCGGAUGGCCAGCUGCAGGUGGCGGGGGAUGAUGCGUGUCUUCUUGUUGUCUCGCGCCGCGUUGCCCGCCAGCUCCAGGAUCUCGGCCGUCAGUUCUCAAUCAGGUCGGACUCCAGGCAAUAUAUACCGCGCUCUCUGCUAGUCUCCCCAUAUACAAGCAGUAGUAGGCAGUUUGUGAGCAUGUCAGGUCGCGGCAAAGGCGGCAAGGGGCUGGGGAAGGGUGGCGCCAAGCGCCACAGGAAGGUGCUGCGGGACAACAUCCAGGGUAUCACCAAGCCGGCCAUCCGCCGCCUGGCUCGGCGCGGCGGCGUGAAGCGCAUCUCCGGCCUCAUCUACGAGGAGACCCGCGGUGUGCUUAAGGUCUUCCUAGAGAACGUGAUCCGUGACGCCGUCACCUACACGGAGCACGCCAAGCGCAAGACCGUCACCGCCAUGGACGUAGUCUACGCGCUCAAGCGCCAGGGCCGCACCCUCUACGGCUUCGGCGGCUAAACGGAGGUGAAAAAAACCCCAUCUACCAGCUACUUUGAACACAAAGGCUCUUUUCAGAGCCA